UUCACACAGCGCUCUGAGAGGAAGCCUACAGCGGACGCAACACGCCGAACAGGUCCAUCUGAGGUUCUCCGUCUUCCUCUGUGCUACACGCCUAACCAACAGGAUCCUACACGCAGAUCUCAUCAGGUGUUUAUCACACUGAGAGACUCUUCCGGGCCCUGAAGCCGCCUCCUAAGUACGUCACCAAUCAUCACUGGAGUACCACCACCUAGACAGGAGUAAGGAGUGAACCCCUCCCCUCUGAUUCAGAUGGCAGACGGUCGGCAGCCCGAGGACAGCGGCCCCCAGUGGUCAUCUCCGGGAGCCCAGGGCUCAUCCUCCCCAGGUGGGCAUGGAGAGAACGGCUUCUCUUCCUCCUACAGGGCUUGCCAGUCUGGUGGUGGCCAUGCUGGUUCUGCCGCCUCCUACGCCAAAGAGAACGGCUUCAACGGAGACCUGACCUCUGGACACGCUGUGACUGCUGAGCAAGUGUCGGCGCGGAUCGUGCAGGAGGUUACGGCAGAGGCGGUAGCGGUACUGAAGGGUGAGCAGGAGCUCCAUCCGGACACUGCCGUCAGGCUGCCAUCAGUGGAAGACUCUGCAAACCUGCCGCCUUCACCUCCUCCGUCCCCAGCAGCGGAACAUUUUGGGCCUUUGGAUCAAGAUGUAGGGGAUGAGGAGGAAGCAGGUCCUCUCCGCCGCUUCCAAAAUUCUCGCGAGAGGUGCAAGUUCCUCGCCCCCUCCAUCUCAGUGUCUGUGCCUGAAGAUGACCCCUACCACUCUGACGAGGAAUACUAUGAGCACCCUUUAUUCAGCCCAGAGUGGACGCGCUCUGGCUCUCGCCCCCCAGGGCAGGCCGCCGCGUUUAGACAGAUCGAAGAAGAGGAGACCAUAGAGAGUCUCUCAGCUGCGGAGGAGGAAGAGGAGGAGACUUCAGAAGCCGCAGCAACAGCAGCAGCUCUAGAGGAAGAGGAGGAUGAGGAGGAGCAGUGGAGUGGGGAGGAGCCUGAGCAAGAUUCCCCACCUGAGCUCCUAGAGCGGGCAGAGGUCAUAGGCGAGGCCCAGGCUCUGCCCGGCCUGCAGGCCGAGGCUGUGGUUCACACGCAGGCAGCUACUGCUGCUGACGAGGCCCCUAAUGGGAGAUCUGAGGAGGCAGGGGGGCAAGAAAGCCUUGCGGAAGCUGUGAAGAUGGAAGCAGAGCGGCCAGAAAGCGAGAGGACAGAUCCCAUUGGCAUGGACUUCACUGAUUCCGCAAUGCAUCUAGAUGAUGAACUCCCAUCUUACCAGAGCCUUGCCAGAGACAUAGAUAUGCCAGAAAGCCCCUUUGCUCGAACAUGCCCCAUGGAGGAUUUUGAAGAGCCUCCAAGUUACCAGGGUCAUGCCAAAGAUCCAACUGAAAAGCCUGUUGCACAAAGUGGUGCUGUGAAACAGCCUUCAACCGAAGCAGGCGACCCCAGCAAUAUCCACGAGGUCCAACCAGAGCAGAUUCAAGACAAACAAAUGGAAAAAACAGCAACAGAGGGGGAUUUGAAGGACAAAUCUGGCAUGUCAGCUUAUUUUGAGACCACUACAAUUAAGAAGGAUGCUGCUGGGUCUCAAGGAGAAGGGUAUUAUGAGCUGAGUACUACAUCAGAAGAGCAAAAGGACUCUACUGGUAACCUGCCAUUUCCCGAAAUCAGCUACAGCACUUUGGCUCAAACACACUCUUUGGAAGUCGAGCCAGAUCUUCCAGAAAGUUGCGCAGACACACUACACACUUUACCAGCAGAGAGAAGAGAUGACUGCAGACUGUCUCCUGGAAAACUGGCUCUAGAUCAACGGAGUUACUCUUUGAAUAUCUCCAUUGGGGCAGCGAAUCAUGGCGAUGCCCAAGGAAGUCCCAGAAACUUCUCUCCAUUGGCCACCGACAUAAUGUCUCAUACUAGUGGGAGCCUUGACGAAUCUGCCGAUUACCUUCCUGUCACAACUCCCUCAGUGGAUAAUAUCCCUCAGUUUCCGCCACUGAUCUUGGAGACGACUGCCUCUGUCACAACUCCAUCAUCUUCACCUCCCCAAGCAACAAUCACUGAUGUAAAGACAAGUCCACAGACAGAGUCUCCAGAAUCACCUGUCCAAGCCAAAUGCUGUUAUAAAAACGGCACCGUCAUGGCCCCAGACCUGCCUGAAAUGCUGGACCUGGCGGGUGCCCGAUCAAGGUUGACGUCUGACAACACAGAACCCGAUAUUAUGAGGAGGAAGUCUGUCCCAAUGGACAUGUCCUCUAUGGUGAGUGAUUCCUUAGCGCAUUUGUUCAAAGGUGACCAGGGCAAGAUGGUUACAAAGAGAGAAAUGCAGCUAGAGGAGCAAGGAUAUUGUGUCUUUAGUGAAUACUCUGGUCCCAUGCCAUCCCCUGCAGAUGUGCACAGUCCAAUGGACUGUUCUUCUCACAUCUUCAAAACAGGGAUAUCAGAGGAAAAAGAAACUGGUCUUGAUACACUUGGAAAACAGGAAUGUCUAUCGACUGAAGAUCUGAAAGCAACAGAGGUUGUUUCACCACAGGCAGAACCAGCAAAAGAAAAAUCAAGGGAUGGAGAUCCCUUUGAAAAUGAAAGUGCACCUUCUGAAAAACCUUCUACAGAGUCUAAGCAAGAGGAGUCGGAUCUUUUGAAGACUGAACCUUUGGAAGAAAUCAAGAGUCCAACUUUACCUGAUAAUGAGAAAGGACAGUUAGACAAACAAGCUGAAACAUUCAUCACACCAAAAGUGACGGUUACUCUUGAGGAACCAAAGUCUGAUUUUGAUGCAGGUACUAAUCUCUCAGCUGAAACUGAAGCUGAAAUUGCUGCCUAUGAGAGGCAAAUUCGCAAAUUGGAGAUGGAGGACCGGCCUCUGAGUGUAGAGGAGGAGCGGGAACUCCAGGAACUCAGGGAGAAGGUGAAGAAUAAACCGGACCUUGUGCACCAGGAAGCCUAUGAGGAGGUGGAUGCAGAGGAUGCAUACCAGCUCACUGGAGCUGCAAAGGACAGAAUUGCUCGGCCCAUUAGACCAUCUCCAGCAUCUUCUGUAGAAAGUGCCACCGAUGAGGAGAAAAUGCAUGUUGGUGAGUUUGAAAAACCUAGAUCACCUGGUAAGAAAGAGGCUCUACAAACAGAUCCUAAUAGAUUAUCUCCAGUUGGCUCUUUUGAGAAAUAUUUUAGAGAGGAAAGACCUUCUGAACAGGAGGUAAAGCAGAAGGACUCAGUGGAGCCCCUCAAAGAGAAAGUUGCUGAGGAGAAACCUCAGCCAGCUCCUUCGAAGACAGAUGAGGGUUCUGUUGACACCAUAAUGACACAAGAAGUAGAGGAAGAGGUUGAGCUUGCUAAGGAGCCUGAAGAGGUUAUGCCAGAACCAAAGCCAGAUCUAAACUUGGAUGAGAAGCCAGUUGUUGAUAAAACUGAGCCAAUUGAGGUUGUAGUCGAAAAAGAGGAGGUAAAAGUGGUUGAGAAAGAAGUGGAAGAUGAGGAAGUCUUGGAUGGGGCCAAAGCUGCAGAAGACACCGUUGAGGCUCGAGCUGCAAUUGAGUCAAUAGUGACAGUAGAAGAUGAUUUCAUCACGGUGGUGCAGACCAUCGAUGAGAGCGAAGUCUCUGGACACAGUGUACGUUUCUCAGCUCCCUCUGAAGAAGAACAUCCAAAGCUCCCCCAAGAGGAGGAAGAGGAGGAGGAGUCUGUGGAAAUGGCACAGGAAGUAGAGAUGGAGGCUCCCGGAUUAGAGGAAGUUGUAGAUGUUCCAGAGCCUAUUCAGCCUUCUGUAUGUCCUGCUAAAGAGAUAGAAGUGCCAGAGAGUGAGGCCCCAACUCAAAGCUACGACGACUACAAAGAUGAAACUACCAUUGAUGACUCCAUCUUAGACAGCUCCUGGGUGGACACUCAAGAUGAUGAUAAGAGCAUGGCUACGGAGAACAUUGAGCCUCUUCCCAGAGUGAUGAGCCCUGUCAAGAAACCUCCUGCAGAGAAACCAAUCAAACAGAGGGCUAAAGGUGGCAGGGCAAAAGGACGAAUCACCACCCCUGAACGUAAACCUGUUCGCAAGGAGCCGGUACCCAUCCAGAAAGAGGAGCUAAAGAAGAAAAAAGCUCUGAUUAAGAAGGCUGAGUUCACAAAAAAAUCUGAUAUUCAGACGUGCUCUCCUUCCCGGAAGAGUGUGUUAAAGGCUACCGUAAGGCACCCUAGAUCUACCCAACAUCACGCGUGUGUUAAACGGAAACCCACAGUGUCUGCAGAUGGCCGACUGCCCUUCAGUGUGGCCAGGCAUUCCAGAGAUCGGUGCUUAAAAGAUUUGCUUUCAGCUGUGAAGAUGGAAGCAGAGCGGCCAGAAAGCGAGAGGACAGAUCCCAUUGGCAUGGACUUCACUGAUUCCGCAAUGCAUCUAGAUGAUGAACUCCCAUCUUACCAGAGCCUUGCCAGAGACAUAGAUAUGCCAGAAAGCCCCUUUGCUCGAACAUGCCCCAUGGAGGAUUUUGAAGAGCCUCCAAGUUACCAGGGUCAUGCCAAAGAUCCAACUGAAAAGCCUGUUGCACAAAGUGGUGCUGUGAAACAGCCUUCAACCGAAGCAGGCGACCCCAGCAAUAUCCACGAGGUCCAACCAGAGCAGAUUCAAGACAAACAAAUGGAAAAAACAGCAACAGAGGGGGAUUUGAAGGACAAAUCUGGCAUGUCAGCUUAUUUUGAGACCACUACAAUUAAGAAGGAUGCUGCUGGGUCUCAAGGAGAAGGGUAUUAUGAGCUGAGUACUACAUCAGAAGAGCAAAAGGACUCUACUGGUAACCUGCCAUUUCCCGAAAUCAGCUACAGCACUUUGGCUCAAACACACUCUUUGGAAGUCGAGCCAGAUCUUCCAGAAAGUUGCGCAGACACACUACACACUUUACCAGCAGAGAGAAGAGAUGACUGCAGACUGUCUCCUGGAAAACUGGCUCUAGAUCAACGGAGUUACUCUUUGAAUAUCUCCAUUGGGGCAGCGAAUCAUGGCGAUGCCCAAGGAAGUCCCAGAAACUUCUCUCCAUUGGCCACCGACAUAAUGUCUCAUACUAGUGGGAGCCUUGACGAAUCUGCCGAUUACCUUCCUGUCACAACUCCCUCAGUGGAUAAUAUCCCUCAGUUUCCGCCACUGAUCUUGGAGACGACUGCCUCUGUCACAACUCCAUCAUCUUCACCUCCCCAAGCAACAAUCACUGAUGUAAAGACAAGUCCACAGACAGAGUCUCCAGAAUCACCUGUCCAAGCCAAAUGCUGUUAUAAAAACGGCACCGUCAUGGCCCCAGACCUGCCUGAAAUGCUGGACCUGGCGGGUGCCCGAUCAAGGUUGACGUCUGACAACACAGAACCCGAUAUUAUGAGGAGGAAGUCUGUCCCAAUGGACAUGUCCUCUAUGGUGAGUGAUUCCUUAGCGCAUUUGUUCAAAGGUGACCAGGGCAAGAUGGUUACAAAGAGAGAAAUGCAGCUAGAGGAGCAAGGAUAUUGUGUCUUUAGUGAAUACUCUGGUCCCAUGCCAUCCCCUGCAGAUGUGCACAGUCCAAUGGACUGUUCUUCUCACAUCUUCAAAACAGGGAUAUCAGAGGAAAAAGAAACUGGUCUUGAUACACUUGGAAAACAGGAAUGUCUAUCGACUGAAGAUCUGAAAGCAACAGAGGUUGUUUCACCACAGGCAGAACCAGCAAAAGAAAAAUCAAGGGAUGGAGAUCCCUUUGAAAAUGAAAGUGCACCUUCUGAAAAACCUUCUACAGAGUCUAAGCAAGAGGAGUCGGAUCUUUUGAAGACUGAACCUUUGGAAGAAAUCAAGAGUCCAACUUUACCUGAUAAUGAGAAAGGACAGUUAGACAAACAAGCUGAAACAUUCAUCACACCAAAAGUGACGGUUACUCUUGAGGAACCAAAGUCUGAUUUUGAUGCAGGUACUAAUCUCUCAGCUGAAACUGAAGCUGAAAUUGCUGCCUAUGAGAGGCAAAUUCGCAAAUUGGAGAUGGAGGACCGGCCUCUGAGUGUAGAGGAGGAGCGGGAACUCCAGGAACUCAGGGAGAAGGUGAAGAAUAAACCGGACCUUGUGCACCAGGAAGCCUAUGAGGAGGUGGAUGCAGAGGAUGCAUACCAGCUCACUGGAGCUGCAAAGGACAGAAUUGCUCGGCCCAUUAGACCAUCUCCAGCAUCUUCUGUAGAAAGUGCCACCGAUGAGGAGAAAAUGCAUGUUGGUGAGUUUGAAAAACCUAGAUCACCUGGUAAGAAAGAGGCUCUACAAACAGAUCCUAAUAGAUUAUCUCCAGUUGGCUCUUUUGAGAAAUAUUUUAGAGAGGAAAGACCUUCUGAACAGGAGGUAAAGCAGAAGGACUCAGUGGAGCCCCUCAAAGAGAAAGUUGCUGAGGAGAAACCUCAGCCAGCUCCUUCGAAGACAGAUGAGGGUUCUGUUGACACCAUAAUGACACAAGAAGUAGAGGAAGAGGUUGAGCUUGCUAAGGAGCCUGAAGAGGUUAUGCCAGAACCAAAGCCAGAUCUAAACUUGGAUGAGAAGCCAGUUGUUGAUAAAACUGAGCCAAUUGAGGUUGUAGUCGAAAAAGAGGAGGUAAAAGUGGUUGAGAAAGAAGUGGAAGAUGAGGAAGUCUUGGAUGGGGCCAAAGCUGCAGAAGACACCGUUGAGGCUCGAGCUGCAAUUGAGUCAAUAGUGACAGUAGAAGAUGAUUUCAUCACGGUGGUGCAGACCAUCGAUGAGAGCGAAGUCUCUGGACACAGUGUACGUUUCUCAGCUCCCUCUGAAGAAGCAUCCAAAGCUCCCCAAGAGGAGGAAGAGGAGGAGGAGUCUGUGGAAAUGGCACAGGAAGUAGAGAUGGAGGCUCCCGGAUUAGAGGAAGUUGUAGAUGUUCCAGAGCCUAUUCAGCCUUCUGUAUGUCCUGCUAAAGAGAUAGAAGUGCCAGAGAGUGAGGCCCCAACUCAAAGCUACGACGACUACAAAGAUGAAACUACCAUUGAUGACUCCAUCUUAGACAGCUCCUGGGUGGACACUCAAGAUGAUGAUAAGAGCAUGGCUACGGAGAACAUUGAGCCUCUUCCCAGAGUGAUGAGCCCUGUCAAGAAACCUCCUGCAGAGAAACCAAUCAAACAGAGGGCUAAAGGUGGCAGGGCAAAAGGACGAAUUACCACCCCUGAACGUAAACCUGUUCGCAAGGAGCCGGUACCCAUCCAGAAAGAGGAGCUAAAGAAGAAAAAAGCUCUGAUUAAGAAGGCUGAGUUCACAAAAAAAUCUGAUAUUCAGACGUGCUCUCCUUCCCGGAAGAGUGUGUUAAAGGCUACCGUAAGGCACCCUAGAUCUACCCAACAUCACGCGUGUGUUAAACGGAAACCCACAGUGUCUGCAGAUGGCCGACUGCCCUUCAGUGUGGCCAGGCAUUCCAGAGAUCGGACCUCCAAUCCCACAACACUAACAAAGAUCCCUACCUCUAAAAUCCGGGCAGAGGCUUUGUUGCCGGCCCGGCCGAACUCCGCCAGCUCCUCCAAUAAAAGGAGCCCGUUGGUCGAGGCAGAUCUUUAUGAGCCCCGUCCUUCUUCAGCGGGCCCACAAGUAUCGCUAAAUAUAUAUGUUGUAAAGGAUGGUGGUUCUCGGAGCCCAGAGAAGAGGUCAUCCCUGCCACGUCCAGCAUCCAUACUAAGCCGUCGCCCACACAUGGCUGAGCACGAGGAGAGUUCCACUUCCAUUACCAGUUCUGGGUCCACAGCACCACGCAGGCCCACAUCAUUCCGUACUGAAGUCAAAGCAGAGCGCAGGACAGGCAGGUCUCAUAGUAUGACAGGCACAGAGUCUGCUCGGUCCCGCUCGGCCCGCAGUGGCACCUCCACACCCCGCACCCCCGGGUCCACGGCCAUCACCCCUGGUACCCCUCCCAGCUACUCUUGCCGUACUCCGGGAACCCCCCGCACUCCGGGCACCCCCAAAUCCCUCAGCCUGCUGUCACAGGAGAAGAAAGUGGCCAUCAUCCGCACACCUCCAAAAUCUCCGGCAACCACACCCAAACAGCUGCGUGUCCUUAACCAGCCGCUGCCUGACCUCAAGAACGUCAGAUCCAAGAUCGGUUCCAUUGACAACAUCAAGUACCAGCCCAAGGGGGGCCAGAUUCAAAUUUUAAACAAGAAGCUGGACUUCAGUCACGUACAGUCAAAGUGUGGAUCCAAGGAUAAUCUGAGGCAUUCGCCCCGUGGAGGCAAUGUUCACAUUCAAUCUAAGAAGAUUGAUCUUAGUCAUGUGACCUCCAAGUGUGGAUCAUUGGACAACAUCCGCCACAGGCCAGGAGGUGGUCAUGUGCGGAUUGAGAGUGUGAAGCUGGACUUCAGAGAAAAAGCCCAUGCAAAGGUAGGCUCACUGGACAAUGCCCACCACACACCAGGAGGAGGCCACGUACAGAUCGAAAGCCACAAGCUGUUGUUCCGAGACGCAGCCAAAGCACGUGUGGAUCACGGGGCAGAGAUUGUAAUCGAGACGCUCGGGCUGUCAGGCGGCACCUCUCCUCACCGGCACAGCCACAUGUCCUCGUCCGGGAGCAUCAACAUGCUGGAGUCUCCACAGCUGGCCACGCUGGCCGACGAUGUGACCGCCGCCCUGGCCAAACAAGGCUUGUGAAUCGUUCAAUCGAAUUCCCUCCACUCAAUCUACAGUAGUCCCCUUCAUUGGUGUCACGGUUGACCCUUCCUCCCGCCGCUAUUUAAUGAAGACUACAAAUUUCACUUCCCAUCUGGAAAAAAAAAGCAUUUUAUCUGUUUUUUUUUGUUUGUUUGUUUGUUUUUUUGGUCAAUUUUAAUGAAUAACGACUUGUUAGAACUAGAGACCAGUGCUUUUUAUUACCCAUGUUACAUGUGACUUUUUAUGAUUGUGUACAGACGGUGGCCUCAACUGCUGGUUUAGGGUCAGUGUCAGGUGUGUUGCAAAAGUCGGUCGAACUGAAUUUUUUAUACACGGGAAUGUGGCGCGACGGUACCAUUCUGCACGUGAUUCUUUUGCCCAUUCAGUGCAUGGACUCUAAAACAUCUCAAGUACGAUCAAACACAAUAUACACUAUAAGGGAAUAUAUUUAUAAGUAUACCAGCUCUUUGUCUCGACAUCUCAUGCUCAAUUGAAAAAAAAAACAAACGAUUACUCCUUCGAUAAGUUAUUCCUGUACUAUUGCAUUUAAAAAAAACAAAAAACAACUAGAUAGUAUGACGAGCAUGUAUUCUAGUACACAAAAGAGGCUAUUUUCUAUUUCAAGGGA